CAACCAGUUUCCUCUCCAGGAUCAGGGAGCAAUCACAGCUGCCCCGACCUUGGCUUCCUCUGCUGGGUGGGAUUGGGGGCUGGGCCCCCAAACAGGCCACUGGCUUCCCCCUUCCUCUAGGCAGAGGACAGAGAGGCCCAGGCCCAGGGAGCAGGGACUUCCUCCUGUGUCAGAAUGAGCAUGCCUGCCCUUUGCAAGCAGGUUUGGGUCUCUCACGAAGAGGAAACCAAAAGCAGUAAGAGGGAGGGGAGGCAGAGCGACCAAUCAAGGGCAGGGUGAGGCUCAAAACCAGAGGCUCCCCUGGGGGAGCCCAACGCGGCUGGGGGCCAUGGCGGAGCUACAGCAGUUGCAAGAGUUUGAGAUUCCCACGGGCCGGGAGGCUCUGCUGGGCAAUCACAGGGCCUUGCUGAGGGUGGCUGACUACUGUGAAGACAACUACGCAAAAGCCACAGACAAGCGGAAGGCACUGGAGGAGACCAUGGCCUUCACUACCCAGGCUCUGGCCAGUGUGGCCUACCAGGUGGGCAACCUGGCUGGGCACACUCUGCGCAUGUUGGACCUACAGGGGGCUGCCCUGCGGCAGGUGGAAGCCCGUGUGAGCACUCUAGGCCAGGUAAGGGGGUGGGAAGGUGUGUUGUGUUGACCUCCAACUAUUUGGGCUCACUCAGUCAUUUUCUGCAGCAAAAUCCCCUUUAUGCUAUUCUCCAU